AGUCUUCUUAACACCUCCUUCUUGCCAACGCCUGGUAGUUGGGUUUGGCUGCGCCGGGAGGGUGUUUUGUGAGCUGAGCGUCAGUCUCCAGGUUUUCUUGUCCUCCCUUUUCCUUCCUCCGCCGGCCAGCGGCUCGCACGGUUUUUGGUGCCAGCUGUGCAUUUGAAGCCAACUGCAGUUUGUCACCUUUAGAUCACCUCUCAGCAUCCCUUCCUCUCCCAGUUUCUCUCCUACACCCCAACUCACACUCAAGCCAUGGACAAGACCGAGCUUAUCCAGAAGGCCAAGUUGGCUGAACAGGCUGAACGCUACGAUGAUAUGGCUGCCAGCAUGAAGGCAGUGACAGAGUGCGGGAAUGAGCUGUCCAACGAAGAAAGGAACCUUCUAUCUGUAGCCUACAAGAAUGUGGUUGGUGCACGGAGGUCGGCUUGGAGAGUAAUCUCAAGCAUUGAGCAGAAGACAGAUGGCUCCGACAAGAAGCUGCAGAUGGUUAAGGAGUACAGAGAGAAAGUAGAGAGCGAGCUGAAGUCUAUAUGUGAAGCUGUUCUGGCCCUGCUUGAUAAGUUUCUGAUCCCCACAUCCACCCAGCCAGAGAGCCAGGUCUUCUACCUGAAGAUGAAGGGAGACUAUUACAGGUAUCUUGCUGAAGUGGCGACCGGAGCUGACCGAACUGCCGCGAUAGAAGAUUCCCAAGCCGCUUACCAGAAGGCGUUUGACAUCAGCAAGCAGGACAUGCAGCCAACGCACCCCAUUCGCUUGGGUUUAGCCCUAAACUUCUCUGUAUUCUACUACGAGAUCCUUAACAGUCCAGAGAAGGCCUGCCUAUUGGCCAAAACCGCUUUUGAUGAAGCUAUUGCAGAACUUGACACCUUGAACGAAGACUCUUACAAAGACAGCACCCUCAUCAUGCAGUUGCUUAGAGACAACCUUACAUUAUGGACAUCUGACACUGCAGGAGAAGAAAACGAUGCCGCAGAACAGCCCGAAAACAACUAAACAACCGGGCGCAUCUCCCCGAAGAACCCUUUUUACACGUCUCCAUUCCUUACUGCUCCACGUGGAUUUCCUAUAGCAAAGAAAUUCCAUCCAUCUGUUAUGGAAAUCAAGUUUAUAGUCUUUUUCACACUGCAGCUUUGGGGAAACUCCAUUCCUUUCCCCUUUACCCCUCCCUGAUAUAUAUUUUUUUUUUAUGUUUUGUCAAUUUUUUUCUGGUGUGCGGUUACUGCUGUAGAAAAAGUGUUAAUGGUUCACUCCUGUAAAAAAAUAAAUAAAUAAAUGCACAUAAGUAACUUCCAGACACUUAUGUAGAGGACUUAAACGCCUAUCUGGUAUCUAAAUAAAUAAGAAGAAAUUUGGAACCACCAGUUUCUGCAAAUGACUUUUUUUUCUUUUUUGUAUUAUAAUGUAAAAUGUAUGGAACAUGUAGUUUAAAAGCUGCAAGCGACCUUUAUCCCCCACCUGCCCCCCAAUACGGAAUUUUUAUUUUGUGGGGUGUUCUUUCCAAUAACACACUUAGGUUUCGGUCUUCACUGUGUUGCCCCUCUGUUUUUGUUUGGGUUUUUUUUUUAAACAAAUGUCAAAUGUUCUGGUGUAUUCUGGGGUACUUUUUAAGAUUUGGGUGCUUCUCUUGUAACCAGAUUGCUGCUGACAGGGCUUCAUUGUGUACGUGACAGCGGCUAUGGGGUUAUUGUAUCAGAAGCUGCUGAUAUUUGUGGACUUUUCUAACACCUUGUCAGUUUUAUUAUUUUUCUGUAAUUUUGGGGUUUUGUUUUGCUGCUGUUUGGUUUACAACUUCUGCCUCCUCCAAUAAAUCAUCAUUACACUCCUG